CUAUUUGGUGGAAAAGGUCCAUGUGGACCAUUUCUGUGACAUCGACUGUUUGGCUUCUUAUCAACUUGAGCUUCCUGAAUCAUAAUUUGGAAAAAGGCACCACCACUCAAUCACUCAACAUUGGACCAAAAGUUGGGAAUCGCAUAAGUGAUGUUGGAAAACGCUCAGAAGGGGGAAACAUGGACUUUUCUACGAGCGGAAGACAGUCUGGACAGGAAACAGCUCGGAAGCACAGAGUCCUAAACGUUGAUGCCACGAUGGAGCCGAGGGACCCCCGUGCACCUGGCGCAAGAGGAAGGGCAGUGGAGGAUGCCAUGCCCCAGCACCAGGCAGACAUCGAGGCAGGCUGGAAGGCGGCCUCCUUCAACCAGUUCAUCAGCGACCUCAUUCCGUACGAGAGGUCCCUCCCAGACACGAGACCGCCGAGGUGUGCCGAGCAGGUGGUGGCUGAUGACUUACCAACCACGAGCAUCAUUAUGUGUUUCUGUGAGGAGUCCUGGUCCACGUUGUUGAGAUCCGUACACAGUAUCAUCAACAGGUCCCCUCCACACCUCGUGGAAGAAAUCCUCCUCAUAGACGAUGCCAGCAGACGAAGCCACCUGAAACAGAAGCUGGACCAGUACAUGUCCAAGUUUCCCCAAGUUAAAGUCGUCCAUCUGAAAGAGAGGGCUGGACUGAUUCGGGCAAGACUGAAAGGGGCAGAGCUUGCUACAGGAACGGUGCUUACUUUCCUGGAUUCCCACAUAGAGUGUAACGUUGGCUGGCUGGAACCUCUACUGGACCGCAUCAGGGAAGACAGGACGAGAGUUGUUUGUCCGUCCAUAGACAGGAUAAACGAAGCAACAUUUGCAUAUGAAGUGGCAAACGAGAAUGUGCGAGGAGGGUUUGACUGGGAGCUGUUUUUCCAAUGGGUUUCCCUCCCGGCAGUCGAAGCCAAGCGCCGUGCCCAUAGCAUCUUUCAACACGAGGUCAUAAGGUCGCCAACCAUGGCAGGUGGUCUGUUCUCCAUAGACCGGGGGUUCUUCUACGAGCUCGGCGGGUAUGACCCAGGGUUCCAAAUAUGGGGCGGAGAGAACCUGGAGCUAUCGUUCAAGAUCUGGAUGUGUGGCGGAAGUCUGGAGAUCGUACCGUGCUCGCGGGUCGGCCACGUCUUCCGGAAGUCCCAACCCUACAACUACAGCAAUGCCAGCAGCAUCAUGGAGGUGGUGCACCACAACAACGUACGUUUGGCUGAAGUUUGGCUGGACGAGUACAAGAAGAUCUACUACGCCCUGCACCCUGGUGUAGAGGUGGAGCUAGCAAAGAUGGGAGACAUUUCAGAAAGGAAACUGUUGAGACAAAACCUCGGCUGCAGGAGUUUCCAGUGGUAUCUGGAGAACGUCAUCCCAGAACUCCACAUCCCGGACACCAAUGUUCGAGCACGUGGAGAGAUUCGGAACAGAGGGGGGAUCCCACUCUGCGUGGACUCAUUUUCAGAGACAGAAAUCGGCGCCUUCGCAUGUCAUAGAAUGGGGAACCACCAGCUCUUUUCAUGGAGGUUGGAUGGUAAGAUCACGUACAAGUUCGAUGAUUCAGCUUGCCUCACCUAUAGAGAGGACAGAUUCCACAUCAGACCAGACCAACAGAAGAUUUCUAAAGGGCCCUGCGACAGUGGAGAGGCCAUUGUGUGGGGUCACGAGCAGUCUGGACCCUUUGUGGAUAAAGCCACAGGAAUGUGCCUGGAUAUCACUAAUGACUUAUGGGGACUAGUCUUAGUACCAUGUUCAGGAGGGAAGUUUCAAAACUGGUCUUUUGGAAAGUAUUACGACUUGAAGAAAUAGAGCUGUGUAAAAAAAUCAUUCUGAUUUACAUGGUGCUGUAAGAUUAUAUUACAGUAGUUUCACCUUAUUUGCUAUGCUUGAAUGUGUGAAAAUGUCAUCACUUGUUCAAAAGAUGAAAGUGAUAAAUGAUGGUCCAAAAGGCAAAAAUCAAUUUUCUAUCAUUUGAAGCCAAAAUGUGCAUGUAUUUACUUUCUAUGUCAAUAUUUGGGUCAUUGUUUGUAAGCAAUCAAGUCAGUGUCUGCAUUCUUUGUAGCAGAUAAAUCACAAAGUAUGGUAUACGUAAAAGAUAUAGGUGCAAAUAUUAAAAGUGCUGAUAAAAAACUGCUACCUUUGACAGUUACCUCUAACUAGUACUGUGGAACAGUCAUUGUCAUGAUCCACAGAACAUAUCUGCAUUUAAUUUGUUUCAUUGACAAAUAUGUGCUGUAAGAAAUUACAUGUUAUACUCUUAAAAACUAUCUAAGUAGAGCGGCUGUUAUUAAAAGCAAUGAAUAUGUCUAUUACUUAUCCGAGUUUACCUCCAUUGAGGGAACCAUCACAUCUUUAACUCCAUGUCAGAGGAACGGUGUCUUCCUGCCGCUGCUAUUGAUUGAAUCAGUCAUUUUUAUUGCCUGAGUAUGGCAAAUUAGCAGCUCAUUUAUCAACCUGACACUGAUUAUACCUCCACAAGGCAGAAGACAGCUCUAUAAUGAAGCAAUAAAUGAAACGUAAUGAAGCAGGGAAAAGACUGCACUUGGUAAAUUUGAUGGUCGCCAACGUUGGACACGAAAAUUGGACACACCUGCCGGCUUCACACCCAGCUGGUUCCCGCGAUGGGAGAGGUCGCGGGAGCGCACGUGAAGUAGCGCCGUGACAUUUAGACUCCGCAUCAACAGUUGUUUUGUGGGAUAAUGGAGCAAUGAUAAAGAAAGGUUGUGGCCCGCCCCUCGCUGGAAAUAAAGGGGAUGCUCGGCACUUAACUGUCCGUACGGCUUGUAAUGCCAGCGACCUCUGACACAUGACAGGUAGUCCUGUCACACCUUGUCAACAAACGGCCCAUGGUCCAGGUUUAAACAAAGUCAGGUUCAGCUGAAGAUGACAGAAUGUUGCAAUAUCGCUUUAUUAAACUGUAUGAUAAGGUGUUAAAGGAACAUCAGUAAUGAUUGCAGGCACCUUUAUGGGUAUUCUCGCUCAGCCAACAGUAGACCCAUGUCUCAGCAAAGUCUGACUGUGAGUAAAACCAUCUUAAGUUAAAUGAAAGCUUUUCAAAUGAUUGAAUCAUUGGAGCUCCUAGUUUUUGGUGUUUUUGUCAGCAAUUUUUGAUAUAUAUGAUUUGCAAUUUAACUGUAAAACGUGCUGCUGCUGUAGAUUUAGGUGUGUAUAUUGUCUUCCAUUUUGCUGUUCUGUAAAAGUAAUGAUUUACAAUGUGUACAGAGGACAACUGAACAUCUCUUUUCAGGUGGAAACAAAGAUUAUUGCAAUUGUUGCCAUAAGUAAAGUGGCAUCACUGUUUUGGUCUGAAAACUUAGACGAAUUUGUCAAAAUAAAGUUUGGAUUAAUUCUGAACAAUAAUGUAUGUGAACUUAUAAUUGUAAAGAUUGUGCCCAAAGUAUUCAUUAUCCUGCAAGACUUGAUUAAUACAAAAUAUGAAUAGAGGAAAGAUUGCAUAAUGUACCAUUAAGCAGGAAGAAAAAGCCUUCAAGUUUGUCUUUUCCCCUGAUUGAUUAUGUAUGUAUGUAACAAUGAACUUUAAUGUGACCCCAUUACAAGCAUUAUCAUACAUUCUAUUCCACCAUAACUGUUUCUUAGGACAUUUAAUGUUAUAGGUGACAUUUGCUCCAUGUAACAAUAAAGAGGUAAUGAAAAGGUAGACUCCUCCCUUGCAGUUUAUGGCUUGUUUUAUGACCGUGGGAUGGUGCUUUACAGAGCUUCCAUACCAAAUGGCCAUUGAUUUUGGCUCUUGGAUGUUAUGUACUGAUGAUGAGUGGGAGAGUUAGCCUUGGAGAGACACUACCUGUACUUAUAGCCUGUGUUCACACAACCUCUCGCUGUCAGAGACCAAUGACCCUCUCCCCUCCUGUGGGUGGCAGCAACAGUUGGGCUGACCGCUAGGAACUUGAUUUUAGUUAGGCUAUACAUGUACCUGUACUGUCCAUUUGUAGGUUCAGAAAGAAAUACAAAAUGUAUGCACAUGCCCACUCAGGUAAGUUACUAAGGAGGUAGCCCAAAAUCCUGGAGGUUUUCUAGAUCAGCACAAGUCCCUCUUUAACAUAUGUCACACUGUCAAUGAUCUCUGGCUGAACUUGGUCAUUGCCAGAAACAUGCCAAAUAUGAAAAUUGACAGAGAGUUGGCAUGUUUAAUCCAAAAAUCUAUCCUUUCGUUCACAUUGGACAGAAUGUAUGUAGAACCUGUGAACACUGCAUGAUCUCUAAAGAUCGGAAGGUGAUUAAAACUGUUAUUCUAGAGAUCGCAGACUCUUCUGGCGAGCUCUCAUCCUGCUCUGUGAUGCUAACUUAAAAACCCAAUAGCAUUUGAGGAGAGCCACACCUCGAGCACGUUAAAGAACCCACCACAUUCAAAAAGAGUAGGGAUCCUUCCCGGUGUGAGUAGUUCAAAAUCUACAGUCCUUUGGCUGCACCUGGGGCAAUUGCUGUCGUAUUGAGGUCACCUGACUUAGCGCCGAAUGGCAG